AUGGAUUUUAGAGCAAUUACUCCAGGCUUAGCGGUCACCCGAGCAGCGAGGCCCGGAGCCCCGCCGUGCCGGUGUCGCGGUGCCGGAGCGAGCGGAGCCGGCUGCCGGGCCCGGUGGUGCCGGUGUCGCGGUGCCGGAGCGAGCGGAGCCGGCUGCCGGGCCCGGUGGUGCCGGUGUCGCGGUGCCGGAGCGAGCGGAGCCGGCGGUGCCGGUGUCGCUGCAGGUCCCGGCGGGAGGAAGCCGAGCCGGCUGCCGGGCCCGGCGGUGCCGGUGUCGCGGUGCCGGAGCGAGCGGAGCCGGCUGCCGGGCCCGGCGGUGCCGGAGCGAGCGGAGCCGGCUGCCGGGCCUGGCGGUGCCGGAGCGAGCGGAGCCGGCUGCCGGGCCCGGCGGUGCCGGUGUCGCGGCGUGUCCCGGCGGGAGGAAGCGGAAGCCACCGCGGAUCCGCCGUUCCGCUUCGACACCCGGCUCCGCUCGCUCCGUGCCGGCCACGCCGCGCCUCGCCCGCCCGCCUCACCACACACCGAUCCGCGCCUUCCGAACCCUACCGACCCCCGCGCAACCCCGCUCCCUCCAUCCGCACCCGCACUGCCCUGCACCCUCACCGCGCCGCUCACUCGCUCGCUCGGUGCUGUCCCCGCGGGAGGCAGGGUCUCCGCAGAGGCCGCACGCCCCGCCGUGCCCCGCAGCGCCCCGAUCCCGCCGGGCCCGGCCGCUCGGCGCCGCCGGCACACGGGGCUCGCUGCUGCUGCUGCGGGCCUGAGCGGGAAGGCCGCGCCCGCCGCCGGCCCGCGCACCGCGCGUGCGCCCGCCGCGGCCGGCAGCUGCAGUACCGCCGGCGGCCGCGGGGGGCGCCGCAAAGCCGGCGGCGGCGGCCACGGGAAGGGGGCGGUGCGCGCGCCGCGGGUGACGUGGCUUCCGCCGCCAGCCGCGCUCCUCACGAGUUCUCCCGGAAUCGCCGGGAAGGAAAAAUCGUAUUUUAUAAGGAAAUCUGAAUUAUCUUCUUUUGAUGCUGGCGAGGCACUGGUUCUUUUAGUGCCGGCGAGGCGCUGGUUCAUCCUCGACCGGCGGCCUUUUGUGUAAAAGAGUGAGGCCAAUUCUGUGGCUCUGUGGAUAAAAGGUGAUUCCACUGCCUUUUCCCAGGAGAUGAGAGAUCCUCUUCUGGCAGCCAAACUGAGUGGGGCUUCAGCACGGUAGUCAAGUGCCAGUGAGAAAAGACUACUCAGAAAUUCCACUGUGUUUUGAUAAACAUCCUGUCUCAAGAGGUGGAAAAAUUGUGGGAGGCACAUGGGUGUAAAUUGCUCUAGUCUGAAAAGUGAGUGGAAGUAGGAGCAGAAUUAACAUUCAAUUGCCACAGCUGCCCUUGAAUAAAGUAUCUCGAAGUCCUUCAGAGAAACUUGUUUCUGGUGAACCCAGCUGGCAAUUAAAAUGGAAGUGCUGGAGUGAAGAAGGAACUGGGGAAAAGGACAGGUAGUGCAGCUCUGCAUUCUUGUUUUAUUAGUAUGU